AUGUUUUUCUCUUUUCAUUACAGACCUGAAUCUGAAUAUGGACCUAGUCUCAUGUCCAUCAAGUCAAAGGAUGACGUUAUGAAUUUUAAUUCAGACCCACAGACUCCAUUAGAGAGACUGGACCAGCAGAAAUCAGAGGACUCCAGCUGUCAACCUGUCCUGCAGGACCAAACAGAGCUUGACCCCAUAUUUACGCUGUUGGAAGGACAUGUUGUCACAUUUGUGAAGAAUGAGCUAAAGAAGAUCCAGGAGAUUCUCAGACACGAUCACCCAAAAUUAUUUGGGACUGAAAUUGAGGAUGAAAAGCUUUUAGGGCAUACGGAUGAAGAGCAGAAGAGGAAAAGCAGAGAGGCAAUUAUGAGGAUAACACUGAAAUUUCUGAGGGGGCUGAAGCAGCUGGAGCUGGCAAACAGUCUCGAGAGCAAACUUUUUAAAGAGCUUUGUAAACGUAAACUGAAAUCAUCUCUGAAGAAAAAGUUCCAGUGUCUGUCUGAAGGAAUUCCUAUGGCAGGGAACCAAACUCCUCUGGAUCAGAUCUACACUGAGCUCUACAUCACAGAGGGAGAGACUGCAGAUGUCAAUAAAGAACAUGAGGUCAUACAGAUUGAAGCAGCAUCCAGGAAACCAGAGAGCCCAGAAACAAUCAAACUUGAAGACAUCUUUAAACCUCUGCCUGGACAAGAUAAAACAAAUCGAACAGUGAUGACACAGGGAGUGGCUGGCAUUGGGAAAACAGUCUUAACUCAAAAGUUCAUUCUGGACUGGGCUGAAAAAGAAACCAACCAUGAUGUUGAGUUCAUAUUUCCAUUCACAUUCAGAGAGCUGAAUUUGCUAAAAGAUAAAAAGUUGAGCCUGGUUGAACUUCUUCAUCAAUACUUUGCUGAAACCCAAAAAAUCCAUCAGUUUGAACAGCUCCAGGUUCUGUUCAUCCUUGAUGGCCUGGAUGAGAGUCGACUUCCACUGGACUUUCUCAACAAGGAGAUCCUGACUGAUGCCACAGAGUCUGCCUCAGUGGAUGUUCUGCUAACAAACCUUGUCCGGGGGAAACUGCUUCCUUCAGCCCGCCUCUGGAUAACUACAAGACCAGCAGCAGCCAGUCAGAUCCCUGCUGAGUGCGUUGGCAUGGUAACAGAGGUCAGAGGGUUUACUGACCCACAGAAGGUGGAGUACUUCAAGAAGAAGAUCAGAGAUGAGGAGAAGGCCAGCAGGAUCAUCUCCCAUAUUGAGGGAUCACGGACCCUCCACAUCAUGUGCCACAUCCCAGUCUUCUGCUGGAUCACUGCUACAGUUCUGGAGGAUAUGUUGAAAACUAAAGAGGACGGCAACCUGCCCAAGACCCUGACUGAGAUGUAUAUUCACUUUUUGGUAGUUCAGACUAAAGUUAAGAAAGUUAAGUUUGAUGGAGGAGCUGAGACACAUUCACAUUGGAGUUCAGAGAGCAGAAAAAUAAUUGAGUCUAUGGGAAAACUGGCGUUUGAUCAGUUGCAGAACGGAAAAUUGAUUUUUUAUGAGUCAGACCUGACAGAGUCUGGCAUCGAUAUCAGAUCAGCCUCAGUGUACUCAGGAGUCUUCACACAGAUAUUUAUAGAGGAGAAAGGACCACACCAGGAAAAGGUUUUCUGCUUUGUUCAUCUGAGUGUUCAGGAGUUUUUGGCUGCUCUCUAUGUUCAUAUGACCUUCAUCAUCUCUGGUGCUAAUUUAAUCGAGGAGAAACAAAGAAAAAAUAAGGCGGCUACUCUACUUAAGAGACAGAAACCAAAAUGGCUGCAUGAAUGUGCAAUUGACAAAGCCCUACAGAGUUCAAAUGGACAUCUAGAUUUGUUCCUCCGCUUCCUUCUGGGUCUUUCACUGGAAACCAGUCAAGUUUUCCUCAGAAACCUUCUGCCACAGAACCCAGUCAUGAAUGCAUCUAUUAAUCAUGAAACUGUGCAGUACAUUAAGAAGAAGAUCAAUGACAAAUUGUCAACCGAACAAAGCAUCAAUCUGUUCCACUGUCUGAACGAACUAAAUGAUCUUUCUCUGGUGAAGGAUAUCCAGCAGUCCUUGAAUUCAGGAAGUCUCUCGACAGAUAAACUCACUACUGCUCAGUGGUCAGCGCUGGCUUUCAUCUUACUGUCAUCAAGCAAAUAUUUGGAUGAGUUUGACCUGAAGAAAUACUCAGCCUCAGAAGAUGCUCUUCUGAAGCUGCUGCCUGUGGUCAAAGCUUCCAACAAGGCUUUACUGAGUGGCUGUAACCUUUCAGAAAGAAGCUGUGAAGCUCUGUCCUCAGUGCUCAGCUCCCAGUCCUGUGCUUUGAAGGAAUUGGACCUGAGUGACAACAACCUGCAUGAUUCAGGAGUAAAACAUCUGUCAGAUGGUCUGAAGAGUCCAAACUGCAAACUGGAAAUUCUCAGACUUUCAGGUUGCCUGAUCACAGAUGAAGGUUGUUCUUCUCUCGCUUUGGCUUUGAGCAAUAACCCCUCUCAUCUCAAAGAGUUGGACCUGACCUACAAUCAUCCAAAACCCGCAGGAGUGAAUCUUCUGUCAAAAUGUAAAAGUAGUACACUAGAAACUAUCAGGUUGGAGCAUGAUGAAGCAAAGUGGUUGACACCAGGUCUAAAAAAGUAUUCCCAUCAACUCAUAAUCAACACAGAGACUAUGAGUAGACUUCUUAAACUAAAUGUGAACAAGAAGAAGGUGAUCCGUGUGGACAAGGCUCAGACAUAUCCUUAUCAUCCAGACAGAUUUAGCUGCGCUCAGGUGCUGUGUGCAGAUGGCCUAACUGACCGCUGUUACUGGGAAGUUGAAUGGAUUGGAGAGGUAAAUAUCUCUUUGAGUUGCAAGGGAAUCAGUAGGGGAGAAAGUAAUGAACAAGGCUUAUUUGGAAAAAACGAUCAAUCCUGGAGUUUGUACUGCUCAAAUGAAAAUGGUUACGCUGUGUGGCACAAUAACAGUAAAAUUUCUAUCCCCUCUUCUGUUACAAAGACAGUAGCAGUAUUUCUGAACUAUCCUGCUGGCAUUCUGUCCUUUUACAAAGUCUUCUCUGGUAAACUGAUCCAUCUCCACACCUUCACUACCACAUUCAGAGAAAAACUUUAUCCUGGAUUUGGACUCUGGUCAGUCAAUUCCUCAGUGUUUCUCUGUUGAGUGUCACUACAAGCUUAAAUUUAAGGCCAGAACCAAUUUAACAAUCACAUUUUAACAAACUGAAAUAAAUAAUUUGACUGGUUUGUGGGAAAUAGAAACAGCAAUAUUCUAUUCCACCAUUAAAGAAGAUUCUCUUCUCAGUGUUUUUACAGCUCAUCAAAUGCCCUAAUAAUCCCAAUCAUAAUCUUGAGGAACUGAUAUAUGUGUUUGUCAUGAAGAAAGAUGUUGGAAACACACAGGAACGCACAAAGUACACAAUAUUUUCAAUUGUGGAAAGUCAACAGAGAAAACCAUACCUAUGCUCAGGAAGACCAAAGAAAAACUUUGCAUUGAGAGGCCUAUGCAAGCAUUUGAACCCAUGAUCUUUUCACAAGAAGAUAAAAGGUUGCUUCCUGUACAGAAUAUAUGUUCUGUUAUUGGGAUUCCUAAUAGUAUAUUUGUUCUUUGUCUGUCUUGACAAAACUAAAUUCACAAAUGGACCUAGUAAGUUCCUGUGGCGUUAAAACACCAAAGAGCUGCUGUCUUGAAAAUGGAGCUGGGUGUUUUACAGGUUGUUUUUGUUCUGAUUGAAUUCAUCUGAAUCACCAGAUUUUUUAUUAGUAAGCCUCUGAAUAAUUUGAAUAUAUGCAGAGGAGGUUAUUCAUUUGACGCCUUCUUCCCCAGCUUCAACUAGAGCAUUUGAAUGUGAACAGCCCCCUCCAAAAAUGUUAUAUUGAAAAGAUCUUCCAGUUCCAGUGGUAAAUGUUCAUUUGAAAUUAUUGACUUGUGGCAGGGUGUAUUUGCAUUAUGCAAUUUUAAUGCUAUAAGUUAACAAUUGUCUCAAAAUGACAAUAUUGCGGGUGUGCUGUGGUGGCACAGGGGUUAAGCACAACCCACAUAUGGAGGCCUUAGUCCUUGACGUGGCUGUCGCAGGUUUGAUUUAUGGCCUUGGCAACCUUUGCCUCAUGUCUCACAUCUCUCACUACCCACUUUCCUGUCAAUUAACUAUCAAACAAAGGAUACUAGAGCCAAUGAAACCUUUAAAAAAAUGACAAUAUUGUUUAUUGCAAUAAUUUCUGGGCCCCGCAAAAUUUGUAAUCUUGACAGGCCUAGAUUUGUAUUAUGUAGUUAGUUUGCUGCAUGUCACAAGCUGUUUUGCAAAGAAUAUCAGACCUGCCAUCAGAAAAGAUGAAAUUAUGAAGUCAAGAGUGUUCUCUAGUGCAGUGUUUUCCAACAGUGGUCCUCUAGGCACAUGUUUUAGGUAUUUCCUUGCUUCAGCCCAGGUGAUUUCAAUUGGCAGGUGUUUGCUGAACUACAAUCAGCUGAAUUAAGUGUGUUAAAGCAAAUUCUAAAGCAUGCAGGGAAGUGUGUCUUGAGAACCAGCGUUUGGGAACACGGCUCUAGUGAACAUCAGAUAUUUGUGCACUGCAGCCAGACUUACCCACAAACCCUUCCUGUUAGACUUUAGGAUCAUUCUGAAGAACAACUGUAAAUAAAAUGUUGACCUGGGUGUGUACAAAGAGGAUUUGUACACAUUUCUUUUUAUUUCAGACCUUAAGAUUCUGAGAAAUGCAAUGAAGCUUUUUAAUACAGUUCAUGAAUAUUAUUCAAACAAGAAGCCCUAAUUGACCUUUUUUUCAUUAAGUAUGUAAACGUUUCAAUAACCUUUUAUCAUUGCAGAUUGUUAUAGUCACUUUGAUAUAUAAAUAUGUUCAUUAGUUUACAUUGUCUGUAAACAGUGUGAUAUGUUUGUUUUUUGAUAAAGCCCCAUCAAUGUCAUUAAAGGUAGUAACAGAGGAAUUUAUUUUGUUAAUUUGAGCAUUUCCUCCAUCUUUUGGUUUAGCUUGGAUAAAAAAAAAAGUUUUAACUUCUUUUUCUCACCAACUCUGGAUUCUUGGUUUUUAAUUGCACCUACUGGUUUUACUGGUUCUCAUACCUGUAAGCAGCUAUAGGCCCAAAGCAAAGUUGGAACAUAAAAAUGUCUCAAUUAUUCAUGAUUCAUGGGACUCCAAAGAGAGAGAAUAUGUUUUCUGUUAAUUUUGUUGUUUUAUUUUGUGCUUUAAGUCUAUUG